AUGCUUCAGGAUAAACAAAAAGAUAUUGAUGCAUUAAUUAUAGUAAACAAUGUUUUAUCAACUGAAUCUAAUUACUACAAAAAUCAUUGGUUUUCAAAGUUAAUUGAUGAAACAUCUGAUUGGUUAAAAGAUUUAAUUAUUGAUGUUGUCGAGAAACAUACACCUGAACCAUUAAAACAGUUUAUAAGAAUACCAGCAGUUAGAGAACAUAUGUUUAAUUUGGUUUUUAAAGUUGUAUCAUUAAGACAUAGGCGAGAUUAA